CAGACUUAGAAGAUAAAACACCUGAUCAACUAAAUAAACAUUAUCGAUUAUGUGCCAAACAUUUUGAGACCUCAAUGAUCUGUAGAACUAUACAUUUUACAGAGGCAUCAGAAACUAAAGAAUGAUUGGGUUAUUUUAUUUCUCAAAAUUAAUUGAAGCAGAUACUUGUGAAGUCACUGGGAGAGCCCUUAUAGAACAGUUCUUCGAGAUAAUGCAAUACCAACAAUAUUUGAUCUCACCAGUCAUCUGAACAAUCCCCAUAGCAGACAUAGAAAACGAAUAAAAGAAUUGGGACCUCACAUUUCUCCUAGCAGACACACUCUUGCAGAUCUGCCACCCAAGGGAGUGUUCCAGGCUGCCCUACAGGAAACCUCCUGUCUCCCGGGGUCACGGACACUGCUGCUUUCCUGCUGCAGGACAGUAACGAGUGGUCGCAGUCUCAGUGUUGGAGAGUUGGAGGGAGCGUAAGGGAUGCAGAGUGAAGAUGAAAUCAGGACACUUAAACAGAAAAAAAUUGACGAGACUUCCGAACAGGAGCAAAAACACAAAGAGACAAAUAACAGCAAUGCCCAGAACCCCAGUGCGGAGGAGGGGGGUGAAGAACCGGAUGAGGACAUUUUACCUUUGACCCUGGAAGAGAAGGAGAACAAAGAAUACUUAAAAUCUUUAUUCGAAAUUUUGAUUCUGAUGGGAAAACAAAACAUACCUCUGGAUGGACACGAGGCUGAUGAGAUUCCAGAUGGUCUCUUCACUCCUGAUAACUUUCAAGCCCUGCUGGAGUGCCGUAUAAACUCUGGCGAAGAAGUCCUGCGAAAGCGCUUUGAAACGACAGCAGUCAACACAUUGUUCUGCUCGAAAACACAGCAGAAACAGAUGCUGGAGAUCUGCGAGAGCUGCAUCCGCGAGGAGACACUCAGGGAGGUGAGGGACUCACACUUCUUCUCCAUCAUCACUGACGACGUGGUGGACAUCGCUGGGGAGGAGCAGCUGCCUGUGCUGGUGAGGUUCGUCGAUGAAUCUCAUAACUUGAGAGAGGAGUUUGUGGGCUUCCUGCCUUAUGAAGCCGACGCGGAAAUUUUGGCUGUGAAAUUUCACACUACAAUAACCGAGAAAUGGGGGUUGAAUAUGGAGUAUUGUCGUGGCCAGGCCUACAUCGUGUCCAGUGGAUUUUCUUCGAAAAUGAAAGUUGUUGCUUCUAGACUGUUAGAGAAAUAUCCCCAAGCCAUCUAUACACUCUGUUCUUCAUGUGCCUUAAACAUGUGGUUGGCAAAAUCAGUGCCCGUUAUGGGAGUGUCUGUGGCACUGGGGACAAUCGAGGAAGUUUCUUCCUUUUUCCAUCGAUCACCGCAACUGCUUUUAGAACUUGACAAUGUGAUUUCUGUUCUUUUUCAGAACAAUGAAGAAAGGGGCAAAGAACUGAAGGAAAUUUGCCGUUCUCGGUGGACAGGGAGGCAUGAUGCUUUUGAUAUUUUAGUGGAUCUCUUGCAAGCACUUGUUUUAUGUUUAGAUGCUAUAAAUAGUGACACAAAUAUUCGAUGGAACAACUGUAUAGCUGGCAGAGCAUUCGUGCUCUGUAGUGCAGUAACAGAUUUUGAUUUCAUUGUUACCAUUGUUGUUCUUAAAAAUGUCCUGUCUUUUACAAGAGCCUUUGGGAAAAAUCUGCAGGGGCACACCUCCGAUGUCUUCUUUGCAGCCAGCAGCUUGACUGCAGUACUGCAUUCACUCAACGAAGUGAUGGAAAAUAUCGAGGUUUAUCAUGAGUUUUGGUUUGAAGAAGCCACCAAUUUGGCAACCAAACUCGAUAUUCAAAUGAAACUCCCUGGGAAAUUUCGCAGAGCUCAGCAAGGUAACUUGGAAUCUCAACUAACCUCAGAGAGUUACUAUAAAGAGACCCUGAGUGUUCCGACAGUGGAGCAUAUUAUUCAGGAGCUUAAAGAUAUCUUCUCAGAACAGCACCUCAAAGCUCUUAAAUGCUUGUCUCUGGUACCCUCAGUCAUGGGACAGCUUAAGUUCAACACGUCAGAGGAACACCAUGCCGACAUGUACAGAAGUGACCUGCCCAAUCCUGACACGCUCUCAGCCGAGCUUCAUUGUUGGAGAAUCAAAUGGAAACACAGAGGGAAGGACAUAGAACUUCCCUCCACUAUUUACGAGGCCCUCCAUCUGCCCGACAUCAAGUUCUUCCCUAAUGUGUACGCACUGCUGAAGGUCUUGUGCAUCCUUCCUGUGAUGAAGGUUGAGAACGAGCGCUAUGAGAAUGGACGGAAGCGUCUCAAAGCAUACUUGAGGAACACUUUGACAGACCAAAGGUCGAGUAACCUAGCUUUGCUUAACAUAAAUUUUGAUAUAAAACAUGAUCUGGAUUUAAUGGUAGACACAUAUAUCAAACUCUAUACAGCAAAGUCAGAGCUUCCUGCAGAUCAUUCAGAAACCAUCGGAAAUACCUAAGACUUUUAUAGCAGGUUUGGUCUGAUAUUUGACAUUUGGAAGGAAACUGUAAGAUCUAUGUAGGCCACUGAAUCAUUGAAUGUCUGCCCAUAGGCCUCCAUUUGAAUACAUUAGCCAUGGAUAAUCUACCUAUUUAAAUGGCCCCUGUUUGAACUCUCAUGCCUUGAAGACCUGUCUGUUCUUCCAGAAGACAGUAUUGAAAGCGCCACCUCUUUCUUUGGUGUGAAUUCUGCCAGUGGCACUCUGGAAUUGUUUUAGCUAAGUCAUCUUAAACAUAACCUUUAUUACCACUGUGGAUUCUGUUGGGUACCCAAGUUACCAAUUCUUUGAAGAAAUACAUUUUGAAGGAGUGUGGGAGGAAAGAAUACAUUUCAUAAAAUAUUACAGUGGAGCCACAUUGUUUGACUAGUAAAGGUUUCAAGUACAUUGUUAAAAAAAAAACUGAAAUGGAUAGUUAAGGGAAUUACCAGAGAAAGAAGCUAAGCGCUCACCCACCAAGGAUUUCAAUGUAGAUUUUGACUUUACCAAAUGAAUUUAAAGGAAUAAUUUAUAGUCCAAGUUUGGAUGAAAUAACUUGCACUUGUUCCAUGUCUGGUUAUCGCUGUUUACAUUCCUUUGUUGAGGCUAUAUCUUCAUAUUCAUAAGCUUUUUAGCCGAUAAUAUUGAACACUUGGUUUCAUGGUCAGGACAGAAUCAGGCCAUGGAUCCUGACAGUGGACUCAUCUGUCUUCUGUCUUCUUCCAUGACUGUAUUUAUUGCCUCAUCUUGGUUUAUGAGCAAAACCUGGAGAACUUAGGAAAAUAGCUGUUUUGUGAUUUAUCUAGAAAUAAUACAGAAAAUAUUGCUGUUAUUUUUGGUGAAGAAAAUCAAUUUUGUAUAGUUUAUUUCAAUCUAAAUAAAAUGUGAAUUUUGUUUAAAAUUCAGGUACAUUAUUUUUGGUGGGGUCAAAGCAUAGUUUUGUAGUAAAUUCUCUCUAAAAAUAUUUGAUAUUCAUGGCCAGCCAGGUAGCAUGGUGUUUGGGGCAACUGGAUCCCCAGUUUGGUUGCACAGUUCUAGUCCCAGACCUGGUGGCUUGGAAAAUGUGCAGGGCAUGUG